AAAAGACCAAUUUAGUACUUGUGCCGGCAACCUCGUCGCAAAACACGACACACUUUUUCUUUUCCUUUUCUCCGACAAAAUCUACUUCAUUGACUUCAACUCAAUGGGUGGCAACUGCAGUACCGGCGCCGGAAUCAGCACCACCACCACCACCACUCACUCCGAUCCUUCCAACCAAAAAGCCCCCACAAUCCUCCCUCAGAACGCCAAUCCCUCACCACCUCAACCUCCCUUAUCCUCCUCCCUCGGCCGCGUCCUCGGCCGCCCCAUGGAAGACGUCCGCUCCAUCUUCAUCUUCGGCCGUGAACUCGGCCGUGGCCAAUUCGGCGUUACUUAUUUGGUAACCCACAAAGUCACCAAGGAACAAUUCGCUUGCAAAUCAAUCGCUACACGCAAACUCAUAAACCGUGACGAUAUCGAUGAUGUUCGCCGUGAGGUUCAGAUCAUGCAUCAUCUUACCGGCCACCGUAACAUUGUUGAGCUCAAAGGUGCUUAUGAGGAUCGACACUCUGUUAACCUUGUAAUGGAGGUUUGUGCCGGCGGUGAGCUUUUUGACCGGAUAAUUAUAAAGGGACAUUACUCCGAACGCGCAGCGGCGAAUAUUUGCCGACAGAUUGUUACGGUGGUUCAUAACUGUCACACUAUGGGAGUCAUGCAUAGAGACUUGAAGCCUGAGAAUUUCUUGUUCCUUGGUAAGGAUGAGAACUCGCCGCUUAAGGCCACUGAUUUUGGUCUCUCAGUGUUUUUCAAACCAGGAGAUGUAUUCAAAGAUCUUGUUGGCAGUGCCUAUUACGUUGCCCCGGAAGUGCUGCGUAGAAGUUACGGUCCUGAAGCUGAUAUUUGGAGUGCUGGAAUUAUAUUAUACAUUCUGCUUUCUGGUGUCCCCCCUUUCUGGGCAGAAAAUGAACAGGGUAUCUUUGAUGCUAUUCUUCGUGGACAUAUUGAUUUUGCAUCGGAUCCUUGGCCUUCUAUAUCAAGUAGCGCGAAAGAUCUAGUCAAGAAGAUGCUACGAGACGACACCAAAGAACGACUUUCAGCAGUUGAAGUACUCAAUCAUCCUUGGAUGAGAGUAGACGGAGAUGCAUCGGACAAGCCUCUUGAUAUUGCCGUUUUAAGCCGAAUGAAACAAUUCCGGGCAAUGAACAAGCUAAAGAAAGUCGCUCUGAAGGUUAUCGCCGAGAAUCUUUCUGAAGAAGAAAUUAUCGGCUUGAAGGAAAUGUUCAAAUCCAUGGAUACAGACAACAGCGGAACAAUCACUUUUGAAGAGUUGAAAGCCGGCCUCCCUAAACUCGGUAGUAAAAUGUCCGAGUCUGAAGUAAGGCAGUUGAUGGAAGCGGCUGAUGUGGAUGGCAACGGAACCAUUGAUUAUAUUGAAUUUAUAACCGCAACAAUGCAUAUGAAUAGAAUGGAAAGACAGGAUCACUUAUAUAAAGCUUUUGAAUAUUUUGACCAAGAUAAGAGCGGUUACAUCACAAAGGAAGAAUUGGAAUCUGCACUUAAGAAGUAUAAUAUGGGUGAUGAGAAUACGAUAAAGGAGAUCAUUGCCGAGGUCGAUACAGACAAUGAUGCGAGAAUUAACUAUGAUGAGUUUGUAGCCAUGAUGAGGAAAGGCAAUCCAGAUAUAAUAACCCAAAGACGUCGCAAAUAAGCUCUACAUAAGCUGUUUCGGUUACGUGGACUGAAUUGCGUUCGUCGAGUUUUACUCGCACCUUGUUUCGAGGGAGCACUUUUGUGUAACAAAGUUUUUCUGUUUAGUGUUUUGCCUGUUUUGCCUGUUUUGCCUGUUUUGCCUGAUGUUUUCGGGUCUAGUUGCAUUAAGUUUAUUUCUAGUGUUUGAGUAGAGACGAAUAUGUACAGAUUCUGGAAGAAGAAACACAGGUCAACACCAUUUUCUCUAACGAGGUUAAAAGAAACUGAUCUUUUUUUGCAUGCUAAA